GAAGCUUUCCACCUUGACUUUAGUGUGGUCUACUAGGGGGCACAUACAGUGUGGAGUAAUUCAGUCAGUGGUUUAGGACAAUUAAGAGUGACUUGUCAGGCCUGUCCUCUGUGGUUGGUUGUAGUUUGCUGCUACGCACACACACCUUAAAAGUUAGCGUGAUUAAUGUUUGUUGUGGCUUGUUGACAUUGAUUAUUAUUUUGUUUGGCCUACCUAGUCAUAGAUGCAGUAGUAGAAAGUUUGUGACUCAGUUGACUGACACUACAGUUUACCUGGACAACUCAAGAAGCUGGUUUAGUGAAAACCUUCUCUUCAAACAAAAACCUUAUCUACUUAUUCGGGUUAUUGAGCUGACUAAGGCAGCCAUCUUGGUUCACCUUUAUUUUAGGGUGUUUUUCGUGAAGUGCUUUGAAUAAUUGAUUUGAUUUAUUCUUGUUUCGUAUAACUUUCGGAUUAUCUAAAAAAAUUAAAAUGGAGAGAAAUCGAAGAUCCAAGAGAUUCUACGUCAAUAAUAUCAUGCAAAGCCUAAAGAGAAGGUUGAGUUUUCGGAAAAAGAAAGACCAUGUACCAGAAUGUUCAAAACCUCAUCAAUGGCAAGAAGAUGAAAAGAAAGUUCGAGAGGGAACAUGUAGUUUCCAAGUCCGAUAUCUAGGAUGUAUUGAGGUUUUUGAUUCCCGUGGUAUGCAGGUCUGUGAAGAGGCAGUAAAAGCCCUAAAAAACCAAUGUAAGGGUAAAGUUCAGCGUGCUGUAUUAUAUGUAUCUGGUGAUGCUCUUCGUGUGGUCGACGAGAUUAGUAAGAGUAUGAUAGUUGACCAAACAAUUGAAAAAGUUUCGUUCUGUGCCCCUGAUCGUAACCACGAGAAGGGCUUUGCCUAUAUUUGUAGAGAUGGAACCACCAGACGAUGGAUGUGUCACGGCUUUAUGGCCGUCAAAGAGACCGUAAGUGGUGAGAGAUUAAGUCAUGCUGUAGGCUGUGCUUUUGCCGUCUGCUUAGAAAAGAAACAAAAACGUGAUAAAGAAACUGGAGUAACCGUCACCUUUAGUCAAGACAGAACAAGCUUUACGAGAACGGGAUCUUUUCGACAGACAUCUUUAACUGAACGUUUAGCAGAUCCUCAGAGUGCAAUAUUAGCAGAACCUGUGCCAGUCAGAAGAGUAGAUAAUCCAUUUGCUGUACAGCGACCGCAUGCUACACCCGAGUUAUUUAAUCGUCAAGGCUCCUUCAGAGGUUUCGAAAAAUUACAAGAAGCAUCGUCACCGUUUAAAAGAACACUUUCACUACGCCUGAAUGACCUCCCAUCCACACUUCAACGACAGAAUGCAAUCAUGGAGUCACCCAGCGCUAACGGUGCUGUAGGGGGAACAAUUCAUGAAGAGUCUCCUGAACAAGAAGAUUCUAUAGCUCAGAUGUGUCAACAAUUAACCCAGGGUUUAACGGCCUUGACAUCAGACGAAGCUUUUAAUAACACUCCCACACGUCGAGGAGCAGAGCAUCAUGGUCUUAGUCUUCAUCAUCAACACUCGGCUCCGUCAUUCCAGCCCCCAUCAACAACAUCUCUACCCCGACAAAAUACCAUACCUUCAAGUACCUAUAUGUCACAAGCAGCCCCACAAACCAAUCCAUGGGCCUCGAAUAACGCGGAAACAAAUGGAACACACAAUCAGUACUGGAAUAAACCCACAUCUCCUACAAACCCCUUCGUAUCUCAACCUGCCCGUCAAUCCGCGGCUUCCGCCGCAGUCGUCAAUGGUGUGCCUUUGAAAGGCGAUAACUUUACCCAACCCGUUCAGGCCCAUCAACGUUCGAAUGCCUUCCAAAAUAUGCGUAGCCAUUCCAUAGACACUGGAGAACUUCCCAGUGCAGCGUGGGCACAAGCUCAGAAUCGUAAACCUACAUUAUUGCAAAUGGCUGCUCAUCAAAGAAGUUUUCAAGAAAAUGGAACAGCAGAUACAAGUAAUUGGGCUACGUCUGCCCUUUCGACCACAAGUCCUACUCAUUCUAAAAGCCAGGGUGUGGAUCCUUUCGACGUGGCCUGGGCUGCUAAGCAGUCCAAUAAAAAUAGUAAUCCAUUCGGAUCAAAAUCUGUGAAACAAUUCGAAGUUCAAUUAUAGUUGUGCUAAUAAUAGUGUGCUAAUGAUGGUGUGCUAUAAUGGUGGGCUAUAAUAGUGUGCUAAUUAGAAAGAAGGGGUAUUCAAAAAUUCAAUUGAUAUUAAUACUGGCGAAAUGGGAUAAUGACGGAUUUAAAAUUUCAACAGAGUGACUAUUGAGAAAUAUAUGCUGGAAUCAACAACCUUGCGUGUUUUAUAUAUCAACCUGAUAAUAUACAAGAUUUAGCGUGAAAUAAAAUUGCGCGGAAAUGCACCUUUACAGUGCGGAUGAUGUUUAUAUACUGUAUAUCCAUGUUGUUGUAAAUAUAUUGGUGAUACAUCCAUUGUUCAGAUUAUAUAUAGACUCAUGUUAUUUCACCAAUACCAUCAACGCCCAUCCUGUGUUUUCGUUCAGUUAAUAUAUAUAUAUGUAUUAAUGUAUUGCACGUUUUUCAUUAUAUCAAAGCAAAGAGACAAAUAUAAAUAUUAUAUAUAUAUAUAUAUCAAACAUUAAUUACUUAAAUAAUAAAUUAUCAUAGACAUUAGAUUCAUAUUAUAAAUAUACACAAAUGGCCACUCAGAAAAAAUAUCCUGAUUCUUAAUUCAUCCGUUAAUAAAAAUCGGUAUUGUCCCCAUUUUGCAAAUUAAAAAAGUAAUAAAUUGUCCCCGUUUUACAAUUUAAAAAAGUAAUGAUAAGUUUAAUUGCAUACUCAAUCUUAAACAUUGAGAGAAUACUGGGAAUAAUAAUUUUAGGUAUAUUAAACAAUGUUUAUGUUUGCAAAUUCCUUUUCAAUGUGGUGCUUUUGUAUAUUUGAAUUUAAUAGUCGAACCUUGAUCCUUAAAAUUUAAGGCUUUGUGAUUAUUGACCUGUCUCUGUAUCUUAGACGCUGGCUCACUAACCAGGAGGCCCCCAAUAUUGAUCCCUGCUUUGAAAGAGAAAAGUCUUCAGGAUUUUCAAACCUGGUUUCCCCUUGUCAAUGAGAACUGUCUAGCCCUUCAGAUGGGAAAACACAAUCGAUCACUUACAUGUAGACAGAAAAAAAACCUGAUAUUAGGCAAGAUUUAAACAUCCGACCACAUCAUUUCUUUUUUUCAAGGAUUGUUUUAAGAACCAGAUAUUAUUUUUGUUCGGCCUAGUUGUGUAUAAUUAAAAUAAUCAAGAUUUACAGUAAGAUAAUUGAUUUUAAGAACUACAACAUGUUAUGUAUUAAACAAAGUGUGGAUAAUAUGAAGAGUCGAUUAUUAAAUAUGAAUUUUAUAUUUGGUCUAAUUUGAUGAUUUAAUUAAUUGUCUAAUUUAAUUAAUUUGUCAUUUUAAGAACUUUUUAUUAGCUUGUACUCAGUAAACACACAUUCAUAUUUAUCAUUGAUAGGGAGAAGCGCUGAUGCAUUGGUAAAAUUCUCUCUUGCUUUGCUUUACAAAUGGCCGACAGAUCACUGGGUGCUGAUAAAAAUUUUAUAAUCAAGAUUAUUUUGUCAUGGUCUACGUAUUGGGGUCCAACCUUGUGGGUUUUCUCCAGUUUCCUACCAUUGCUAAAGAUCCCUAUGUGCAAGUUAAUUAUUGAAAUAAAAUUGAACCAAAUGUUAGUCCCGAAACGACCUAGCUUGUGUCAAGUGGACGUUAAAUGUCAUUUCUCCCUCUCUCUAAGUUUUGGCAAUGUCGAAUAGAGAAGAGAUAUCUGGGUAAAAACUUCCCCUUGUUCUGCUUAAAAAAUUUUUGCGACAGUUGCCUUAUUUCCAGCCUUUCAACAACUUUAAUAAUCAGGAUUAUUUUGUGAUAUAUGUUUGGGGGGAAGCCGAGAUGUGGAUGCCUUGGUUAAAUAAAAUUCUCUGUUAUUUGAAUAACAACCAGGUUAUGUGAGUGAUAAAUAUAGAUGUAUGUUUACUGUGUGUUAUUUGGUUGUAAAUUUAUUUUACCUCAUUCAUUUAUUUUAACAUAUAAUAGUGCUGGUGACGAUUGUGUGACUUAAUAACGCAAAUCAGGCAGUGAAUUUCAAAUUGUUGGAUUAAUCAAGUUGGAUCUGUCACAGGAUAUUGUUAUCAAUUUACAUGUUAUCUUAACAGUGUCAGUGUGUCACGUAUUUGUUGUCUGUACAAUACUGUAGGAUAACCAGUAUAAUUCUACACUUGUAAUGCAGAUAUGACGGGUUACGGGUUUCACCGGGAUGAUAACCAGUAUAACUCUUAGACUUGUGAUGCAGCAAUGACGGGUUUCAUCAGGGGGUCGUCAACUACGCAGUGUGAAACCCUAAAUUUGGUAUUUUCAUUGGCUGAGAGUUAAGAUAUGUACUAGUAUUUUAACUCUCAACCAAUCAAAAAGCUGCAUUCUUAAAAGAUUUUUGUGAAUAACACUUACGUGUACCACAAGUCUAAACCCCACAGACAUUCAUAAAAUUUUAAAUCUCCUAAAAUGGUAUAUUUUCAUAAUCCAAAAUUACCAUGUUGUUACCAAGUAUUGAUUUUAUGUUGCAGUUGAUUUGAUUUUUUAUCAGACUCUAGAACUUGAUUGAUUUAGCAAUUUGAAAUGAACCUGACAAUAUUAUUAACGUUUAUUUCAUUGGUCAGACAUAUCUCUGCGUGAAGUUUUACUUUCAUUUUAACAUCUUUCUGUUAGUUGUAUAUAUACGUAUAUUUACCUUUCAUUGACUCGAAUAUUUAAACCUAAUAAGCACCUGGCCAUAAAACUUUUUUUUUUUUUUCUUUACUCGGAGUUGUACAUUAGUCUGGUGGUCAGGACACGGGACUUAAAUGUCUUUGCUUCAUAUUUCAGCAUCGGUCAAGAAAAACAUUUGUAGGAGAUGGCAAACUAUUGUGUAACUGUGUACAAAUUGGUUAGACAUUAAACCAUUGUGUAACUAUGUACAAAUUGGUUAGACAUUAAACCGGUUUCUAUCGCUUGUGCGUUAUCAUAUACCCAAUCCUGAACAUAAGGCUCCGAUCACAGACUUUAUCAGGUAGAAAUCAUCACACAACAUAUAAUACCUGUAAUUUCAACACUUAUUUUACACUUACUUGCUGUGAGGAAACUUGAGUUCAGCCAGAAAGAGUAAAGUUUUAUGGCCCCCUAGGCAUAGGCCUGUCAUUUUACGCAACACAUUUUUUGUGAAACAAGAAACCAAUGGAGAUGUCUAACAUAAUAUCAUUCAGUUGUAUUGUAGUGGUUUUGUGAGGAUUGGGAAAGGUCCCUUUAUUUUGAAUAGAUUGACUUCUAUUCAGAGGGAACUAUACUAUCUUAAUAAUACAUAUUUUGAUAAGUAUGGCAAUCCAUACAGUUGUUGUAAUGCAUUUUUUGAUAGAAUUGGCAAUCCAUACAACUAUAUCUUUAAAUGUUUUUAUGUUUCACAAAAAUGUCUAUGAACAAAGUAAUAAAUAAAAUUAGGGCAUAAGAAACUCAAAUUGAUUUCUGUAUAAGACUUUGAUUUUAUCAGUAAAGCAGGGUACGAUUCUAUUGUUUUGUAUAUUGUUUAAUGUUCUUCUUGAAAUUUUAAAUUCUUAAAUUUCAUAAAAUGCUGGUUCAUUCAUCUUUUUAAAUAAAAAGGUUGUCUUUCAGGGUUUUUAUCUUUAAACAAAAAAAUUGUAAUUUUGUGCAUAAUAAUUGAUUUUUGAUUUCAUCAUCAUCAUUGAUUGAUUGGUUGAUUGACUGAUUGAUUGAUAAUUGAGUCAUCAUACUAUACAAUGAUGUGGCGUAGUCAGUAAUUUUCGAACGCAGUGGCUCAGCCACCGAACUAUGUUUGAAUAUUGAUGUAUUUCUAGUAAUUCUUUUUAAAAUUGCGCUGUUAUCACUUUAUAUGUCAUGGUUUUGAAAGUCACAUUCUCAUCAAGUAAAAUUCCAUGUUUUUGACUUGUAAAAUCAAAAAAUUUAUUUAGACAUUGAAGUAGGUCUUGUAACAGGAUUGGAGCUGAGGACAGAAAUACCAGGACUUAAACAGAAAUCUUAAGGCCAUAUAAGACAAAUAAUCUGGUUCCCGCGUCAUUUAAAAAUGGCCGCAUGACCAUUUUUUAAAAAAAGUAAAAAAAAAGUAUUUAAUUACCGCAAGUAAAAAUUCUUUUACUCAGACAAUCCUUUGCUAAAAUCGGAGAAACAGAAUUGGGGGGGGGGGGGUGUCUUUUUUUGUAAGGCCCAAUUCAACAUUUUUUGGGGGGCGAGUUCAAGUCACCAAGGAUAAGCAUCUGACUACGCUACAGAUCUUACAUUCUGAAUAUGUUACAAUAAAUAUGAUUGGUUGUUUUUAUUUUAAAAGAAAAUAAUGUUUCUUUUUUUUAAAUUUUAAUUUGAUAUCAAUUAGUGCUGAAACUUUUUAACAUCAUCUCAUAUCAUCAUCCCUGAUUUUUUGGGGGGUUUUGUAAAUACGCAUUUUAACUUGGGUCUAAAAUUCAACUUUCAGUUUAUAUAUAUAUAUACCAUAUAAAAAAUGGCCAUAUUAAUUUUAGGCAAUAAAUGUUAGGUGGGUA